AUGAUGAAUUUGGAUAAAAAAGGCUUCUCAAUUGUAUUCAUCCUUUCAGUUAUCACUAUAUGCUCUAGCGUAAAUAUCAUAAAUAUUAGAUAAGAGGAAAAGCUUAUAGUUGAUGUCCUUAAUAAUGAGAUUACAGAUACAUACUAAUUGGAGAAAGCCAUAUAUUUAAUGUUAGACUUGAUAUUCAGGAAAAGUAAUAAUCACUUAACGAAUGAAUAUGAUGGAUUAAUACAUGCUUUUGAAAUGAAUGAGGAUCUCUAUGCUUUUGGCAAGAAUGGCUAUAAGAAAUCUCAUAUGUAAACACAAAUUAUCAAUCUUCAGCCUAUGGCAUACACUUCAAGACUUGAAUAAUUCUAUCAUGAUCAUAUUUAAUCACAACUAGAAUAUUUGAAUAAAAAGCCAGAGGAAGAAUUAUAAAAUUCUGAUGAUCCUAAAAAGGACAUUUACAAUCAAAAGAAUUAGGCUAGUAUGUACUUCGGUAACACAACUCUAAAUAUGUUGAUUGAUAAUACUAUUCCAAUUAUAGGAAUCAAUUCUGCUAAUGAAAUUUCAAAUACAAUUGUACAGGAGACUAUUAAUCAUACUCUUGCUGAAAGUUUUAAUUAUGAAUCGUUGAAUAAGUAAAGACUUAAUGAGCUGGAUUAAGAACGAAGCAGCGGCAGAAAUAUGAUUGAUAAGAUCAGAGACAAGGAAAAUAAGUUAAAAUAGGAGAAAAUUUAAUUUUUAGCAGACAAUCUUCUAGUGCCAUUUUUAAGAGAAAACCCUGACAACAUUUAAUUAAUGUUUCUUAAGUGCUAUCUUUCACUUAUUCAUCUAAAAAACAGAUUCAUUUGCUUGACAGUAAUUACAGCCAUAGAAAAUUUGAAUUAGGAUUAAAGAUAUCUUGAUUAAAUAGAGAACAAAAUCUCAUAAUAAUACUUUCUAGAAAUAUGCUUGGCUGAACAAGCUAAAGCAAAUGACUAAAUGGAUUCAAAUUACUUUCUUGAUUUCAAUCUUAGAAUUAAUGAUUAUUAUGAUUUGCUAUUAAGUGGUUCCAAACUCAUCAAUCAAUUUUGGUCUUUACUAAAUUCUUAGAAUAGCUAUAAACAGAUUUUGAAACUUGAAAAACUAUCACUAAAAAUAUCAGAAAUCUUAAGAUAAGUGAAGUAAUCUAUAAGUAAAAUAGAAUAGGAGACUCCUCUAAUGUAGGUUUCAGAGUAGGUGCUAUUUUACACUGCGACAUUUUAUCAAAUGGCAUUAAGAGAUAUGUAUUUAAGUGAUUACUACUUCAAGCAAAUUACAUAGAAUAGAUCAUUAAUGGCAGUUUAAAAUAUUAAAGGGAGCUUCAGCAAUUUCGAUGAAAUUUCUUUAGCUAUUGUGGAUGGUAACUUCUCAAAUAUGGGCAGACUUUUAUAUGCAAAUAAAAUUCUACUACGACAUCUUGGGUAUAAGCAAGAAUAGGUGUUAUAACAGACAGUUCAUUUGCUUAUGCCAAGAGAAAUUGCUUUAGUACAUGAUAAAUUUUGGAAUCGCUUUAGAGACACAGGAAUACCUAGCAUCCUUGAAUAGCAAAGAAUUCUAUUUAUAAAGGAUAGAAACGGCUACGCUCAUCCAUUUAAUAUAUUUAUCAAGUUCAUCUAUCAUCAGAAAUACGGCUAUACAUUUCUUGGAAUUUUUAAAAAGCAAAAUAAGAUGAUUAUGACCGAAAUAGAGAGUCCUAUUAGAUUGAGCUAGAUAUUUUUCUUCAUUACUAACUACUAAGGGAAAAUUACAGAAAUUUCAAAAAGCUGUGAAAAGCUUAUAGGUUUAAAUCAGCAAAUCUUUGAGCACCUUAGUGCAUUUUUAGAGGAGGGCUUACAUCCACACCAUUUUAAUCCAAAUCUAUCUAUCAGUUAAUUAGACUUCUCAAAAAGCCCUUGCGUCCUCAUUAAUAAAGCAAUUAUCGAAACUUCGAUUGUAUUUAGACACACGAAGGAAUUAGAAUUUGAGCUAGAUUAAGAAACUCGUAGCAGAGUAAAAAGCAAGAUCUAAGUUCAAAUUAAGAUAAUCAAAGAAACAUAUGGCUAGAGUGAUGUUACAGUCUAUUACUUUUUGUUUGCUGUUAUAAAAGAUCCUGUUAUGUAAACAGUAAAGGAAGGCAUUUUUGACAAGUUAUUCCACAAAAAUCACGUUAAUGAUGAAGGUUUCGACUCUUAAGAUUAAUACAACAAAUUUACAGAAUCAAUGGCAACUAGGAGUCUAAUGAGUAUGAAUCAAAAUAUGAACUCGUAAUCAAUAUCUUCUUGCUCAAUGUCAGCGGUAUCUAAUGGAUUUGAUGAAUUAAAGUACUUAGAGGACAAUAUUGACUAUACCAAAACACCUUAAUCAUUAUUGAUAGUUAAACUCAUCUUCAAUACUAUUAUUCUAAUGAUCAUUGCACUAACAGCAGCUCUUCUUGUCCUCAAUUAAGUCUAGAUUUCCCAAUCAAUAUCUUAGAUUAGUGUUGUCAAAGUAGCAAAUUAAAAUAUGGUUUUAUUGUCUGAGCUAAGCAUUCUGACUAGAAACUACAUUAAUAUUAAUGAUGGAUUGGAACCUGGAAACAGUUCCUAUUUUUCUGAUAGAAAGAAAACUGUACUCCAAUAAUCACUUGACAUCAUUGAAGAAAUGAGAAUAAACUAGAAACUCUUAGAAUUUAAAGAUAAAAUAAAAAAUAAUGAUGGGGAGUAAAAUUCAACAAUAAUUAAUAGUAAAAACAAUAAUGGACAAAAACUACAACAGAAGCUCAGUUUCAAUUAUGCAUUAAAUCAAUAUCUUGUAAAAUGCUUUGAUUUAUAUGGAUUUCCAUCCUUUUAAUCUAAAGAAUUAUCCUAUCUUUCGAAGAGCACUGAUGCAACAGGUAUUUAUGACUCAACUGUUUACUAUAUAAUUACCAAUUAAAACGGAGAUCUAAGGACAAUGACCUAGGAGAGUGCUUUGACGCAAGGUCAAGAUAUCAAUGAUAAAAAUAUAAAGUUUAUUGAAGUUAAUAGAAUUUUCAUGAUCGUUGCUUCUUGCUGUAUUUUGAUAGGAGUGAUAGCAGCACUAUAUUUCUACUCAAAGAUUAUUGAUAAUCAAUCAAAAACUUUAGCAUUCUUUUCAGAACUAGAAAAGGAUCUAAUAGAGUUUUGCAUUCAGGGAAGUUUAGGCUUUUUCUAGUUUUUAAGCAAUGAUAAUGAAGAAAUUAUAAUAUUGGAUAGUGAGAUCAUUAAUUAAAGAAAAAACAUAAGAAUAAAACAAUUAGAGCAAAAGCUAGCAGAAAUCUAGGAGCAAUAGAGGCAAAAGGCAAUACUUUCUAAUAGUACGAAUCCUAAUGCUCUUGAAACUUCGGAUGUAUAAUUAAUGCAAAAGAAAGGAAGAGAAGAGACUAAAAUAAAUUUAGAGGAAAUAAAAGAUGAGGAGGAUGAUUAGCCUACUAAAUAUAAAAAAUAAAUGGAAAAAGUUUUUAAUACAUCUGUAUACUCUAAAGCAGCAACAUAGCAAGUAAGAACUCUUAAUCCUCAUAAGUCAACUCAUAAUCUUGCUGAAAUAUUAUAGAAUUAGAAAACAGCAGCAAAGAACAAAUUCAGAGAGCUUGAUAAAUAGAUAAAAAAGAUAGACAAUGAUGGAGACAGUCAUAGUAACGUUAGUGAGAAAGGCAAGAAAUACCGAAUUGAAUCAGAUUUGAAGGCUUCUACUAAAACAAUUAAAAUCAAUUCUGACGAUCAAACUUUGAAUGUAUUCACAGUUAAUAACAGCUAAACCGACUUGAAACAAAUAUUUAUGCAUUGGAAGUUCAAGAAAAUGGCCGUAUAUAGUGUCUUCUUCCUUACUAUUUCAGCCAUUUUUGUUUCCUACUUCCUUAUUUAAUACAUUAUCGUGGAAAAAGUCCACGUUAAGAUGAAGGAUCAUACUUAGCACUUAUCCUAACUUUAUCAGGGCUAAACAUGCAUGAAUUGGUUUGUUUCCGAUCUGAGAGAAACUUAAAUCAGGAACUAUUCAAGCUUCAAUCCUCGAUCAUCUGACAUGUAUAAUGAAUGCACAUAACAAGCAGCUAAUUUCAAUCUUUGGCUCGGAAGUUAAACUGAUAAUGAUGAAAUCAUAUCCUUAAAUAAAAAGCUUUCAGCUGAAAAUAAGAUAUGCGAGAUUAUUUUUGCUGAAUACUAAAUCUCCAAAUAGAAUUGCUAGAAUAUUUAUUAAGGGAUUUUUUAGAAAAGCUUAUACUAAGUUUAAAUAGUAUUCCUGCAUGACACUCUUUAGUCAUAAAUAUAAUUUACUUCAAACAGAGGAAGAGAUGAAAAGUUCUUGAAUUAAUCAAUGAGAGAUCCAAUUAUUAUUGAUAUGAUUGAUGGAAAACAACAGUAUCUGUCUAAAAUUACUACUAUUGUGGCAAACACAGUGCAUGAUGCACUUUCUGCAGAUGAAAAAGCAUUACAUAUCCAACAGCUUUAUGUCUUUGGGGUGUACAUAUUUGCACUUAUUGCUACUUUAUUGAUUUUGAAUUGCUUCGUAUUCGUUCAGAUGAGGAAAUCUAUAUGGAAUUCUAAAAUAAUUUUUAAGUUACUACCGAUAGAUGAGUUAGAUAUAUCCUUUAAGAAAAGAAUUCAAAUGUUUCUCUUCAAACCUUGA